AUGCUGCCUGGAGCGGCGUCCGCAGCGCUCAUGGGUCCGGCGGGGCGGCGGGGGGCGGCGGCGGCCGGGAGCCCCGGGCUGGGGCGCGAGGCCGCUGGGCGCGAUCCUGCGGGCGCGGGCUCUCCGCGCAUCCGCGCUCGCGGCCCGCGCUCCUCCGCCCGGCAGGUGCGGAGCACCGGGGACAGCAGCGCCGCCAGCAAGCGGUCGGCGGCCGCGUGGGGCUACACGCCGGACCGCUUCGUGCUGCAGCUCGUGCCCGGGGCCGGCCGCCGCGCCCCGGCCAUCCACCGGGGCUACCACGUCCGGGCCCGCGCCGUGGAGCACUGCGUCCGAGCGUUCCUGCUGCGCACGCGGGGGCACCCCGGGAGGCAGAUUGUCUCCUUGGGUGCCGGCCUCGAUUCGCUCUACUUCUGCCUCAAGAGUGAAGGUCUCCUGGGCCGAGCGGUUUUCUUUGAGAUUGACUUCCCGGAAGUGGCCGCCCGCAAAGCUGCGUUGAUCAACGAACUGGAGGAGCUGGCUGCCUUGGCGGGGAGCAGCACUUUCGCGGAGGGGCCUGGGGAGGUCAAGUGUUCAGGAGAGGAUUACAGACUUUUGGGAGUGGACCUGUCUGAUCUGCCAAGGCUGGAAGAAGUUUUGCUUGUGGCAGGCAUGGACCCCAGAGCUCCCACAAUACUUCUGGGAGAAGUUGUGCUCACCUACAUGGAGGUGGAAAGGUCAGAUGCUCUGAUUGAAUGGGCGGCCCAGCACUUCCUACAGGCCUGGUUCGUCUUGUACGAACAGAUCCAUCCAGAGGACCCUUUCGGACGCAUCAUGCAGAAUCACUUCAGGCGGCUCAAGUCCCAGCUCCGUUCCCUAGCCUGCUACCCCAACUGCGAGGCUCAGCAGAUGCGCUUCCUCCAGAGGGGCUGGACUGAAUGCAGCAUCAUGGACAUGAAUGAAUUUUACAGAUGCUUCGUCCCUCAUGAUGAGCAGCAGAGGAUCCAAGGCCUGGAGCCCUUUGAUGAAUUUGAGGAAUGGCACCUGAAAUGCUCCCAUUAUUUCAUCCUUGUCGCAGUGAAAGACGGAGAGGCGCUGUCUUCGACCCCUCCUGUGUUUCCCGGCAUGAAGGACAAAGCCCAGCUGACUGGUGGGAUGCCCUGCUUUGCCGGAACGAUUGCUGCUGUGGCCUGUGGCACAGACUCGGGAGGGGCCAGCCUGAGGCGGUACGGCCAUCGCUCUGUGCUCCUUGCCCCUCACAUGGUCCUCACCACAGGAGGUUUUGGGGACCAUGGUGGACGUCAUGGUCGCCUGACAGAGCUGCACGUCCUGUUCAAGGACAAGGAUUCCUGGAGAAGUGGCAGUGUUUGUCUGGCCAAGUCUGGGGAAGCCUGGGAUGCACGUCUGUUCCACACGGUGACAUUUCUGCAGGCAGGCUGGGCUGUGGUGUUAGGCGGACGCAAGUCUCCGGUGAACCCCGCCAUGGCUCUCUGUCGUUUGAGAGUGCUGGAGGCUGCUGGGUCGUUGGCCCUUGGAAGUCCCAUAAUAGAGCUCACUCCACUGCCACCUGCCAAGGACCUGGUUCUGCCCCGCUGGCGACAUACGGCAACAGAAAUUAUGUACCAAGGUGAGGCGUACCUGUUUGUCUAUGGUGGCUGCAGCACUGGGCAGUCUGUACUGGCAGAUUGGUGCUUCCUGCACUUGGAAGAGCUCUGUGGUCGACAGAUUCCUGUGGAAGGCCACGUCCCGGCCGGCCGUCAUUCCCACAGUGCCUGUGGCUGGCAAGGUGGCGUUCUGAUUGCGGGUGGCCUGGGAACCUUUGAGCAGCCGCUGGGCACCAUCUUGUUUCUGAGGCCAGCACAAUGUGGCUUCCAGUGGCACAGAGUUGAGACCCGCCCCCAGCUCACUCCUAGGUAAGUGACCGGUCUGUUCUCUCCCUCUCUUGCUCAGUGCAUUGUGAAGUGUGUGGGCAUCGCAGAGCGUUGGAAUGGGAGGGUGCAGCGCCCUGGCCAUGGACUCAAGCUUUUUUGGACUCCCGAGAGAAGCAAUGAGCUGAGUCUAGGUUUCCUUACAAGGAGGAAGCCUCCUCAUGUGCACGAAUACAAGUCGGCCAGCUUAUCUAGUGUUUCAAAGCCACUUCUUACAGUGCAGGGCAGGUUCCAGUCAGCUGGAAAGAAUGGUCAGUGAAGGCUGCCUGUGAGCUGUCUGUGUCCAAGCAAAGGUGGGGGAAGCUGGGCUGGACUCCUCGUUCUGUGCUCUUUGCUGCUGAUGCCGCAAAGUCCUGUGGUCUGAACCACUUGAACGUUCUUGUCCUGGCAGGUCCAGCUGCAGCUCUGAAAGAAACCUGCAGGUGAGCCAGGUGGCAGAUUCUACAGACAUGUAGGCGGGUUCGGUCUUGGCCACAGGCCUCGUCGUGCAACAGCCACACAUUAGUUGGUGUUGCUGUUCUGAGGUACCAUUUGUCCCUCUUCUUGGCUGAACCAGACAAGAUGGAGGGUUUGCCCACACAAUGGAAGGCUCCACAGCCUGUGGAGGGUGAAAUACCUUUUCAGACGAAGGAGCCAGUGGAAAAACCAAGCUGCAGUGAAAUGGUGGCAUUGGGCCUGGCAGCCUCCCGAGGACACCUCAGGUGCUGAAGCAAUUCCUCUCGGAGGAAUUGUAUUAAGAGAGCCAGUUUAGCCAACGAGCAGGACAGAAACCUAAUAAAUAUUUUAGUAAGAAGGUCAGCAAUGUCAUGUUUGAGUUCUUAGAUAGCUAGGUUGGAUACUGUCUGGACCAGGUGACUUGCCGAUCUUCACUUUGUCAGUAAGGUCCCUACAAUCUGCCUUAAUUCCUCAGACGUCCUUCCAGAAUACAUAAGGUCCGGAAUGG